AUGCCCGUCACAUUCAAGGUCGCUAGUCAUAACGCCAACCCCGUGCGGCCUUGCGCCGAUUUAACUGGGGCUGAUUCCUUCAUAUCGAAGGCGUGCCCAACAGAGUGGCUGAAAUGCGGGAAUAUCUUGCAGUCCAGUCUGUCGAGCGAAAGCCUUCGUAACCUCAUUCCUCGCGGGAGCGGCUUCGUCUCAACGGUGGUUGAGGCAUACGGCCAGCACCAUCAUCUCGUUCUCCGCCCGGACGACGUGUGGAUUGCAAUUCUUGUGCAGCUCAGCUUUUAUGUCAACGCACACGCCGAAGAGCUGCGCCAGUACUUCGUGGCUCACCAAGGCAAGAAGGAACUAUUCGUCGAUCUCGAGCAGGUCGGAAUGGAUUUCGGGGCCAUGGCCGUCGUGGACAAGACGCUCGUAGAAUGGACCCUCCCCGACUUCACCACUUCCACGGCGCAAGACAGGAUCAUAUGUUCCGUCUUGCUCAUGUCUACCCUGGCGAAAUACUUCGAUUUCAGCGGAGGCAUAAUCUGCGGACUGCCCUCGGUCACUCUGCUGGGCGAGCGCCAAGACUGGGCGUCGCUGCUCGCUCGUCUCGACCGCCUCCCCGAGCUCGGCGACAAGCCCGCGCGGUGGGCCGAGCUCCUCCGGCCCGUCCUCCGCAAGUUCGUCAAGGCGUUCGACGGCGAGGUCGACGUCGCGUUCUGGAGCCACAUCAUCCUGCACGACGACAGCCUGUGCGGCGUCGACAUGAUCAGCGGGUGGAUCACCGCGUUCUGCGUCUGGAACGCGGAGGGCAAGUGGCUGCCGUGGGCGACCACCGCGGCGCCGCCGAGCACGACGGGGAGUGUCAUGCACGCGGGCGGUGUCUACGUCCUUGACGGAGUGGCGUACCCCAACAUGGAUUUCGGAGACAUCCCCGCCGGCUUCUCAACGGUCGAUGUCAACAUCGAGGAUCACCCCCCGUGCAAGAUGCUCGCCGGCCACAUCGCGUCUGCGGUCUCCAGCACGGACGGUCCCCGCGAGGGAGACGAGGGAGACACGCUGAGCCCGGCACCACAGUGGAUCUUUCUCGAAAGUCAAGACGACCCAAAGUGA